GAAAUGCAAAGGACUUCUCGCAUCCUUUCGACCAACAAGCUGAAGCAUGAACCGCAGGCGAGAGUCCUGUUCAUAGCUCUUUUUUGGCCAGCCUGGAUUUUACGACACUUUUUAGGUAAUGAAUGGGAUUACAGUUUUUUAAUCCACUUCGAUGUUCGAUGUUCAACAUUCGCCGCCUGACAGCUAUAAAAAAAUGCAAUCAUUGCAAACGGAAUCAUAAAAAAAAAAAAACGUUGACAACCCUAGCGGACGGUCAAUUGACCUGUGUCUCAUGAAUGGCCGCGAGCAGGUCAAAAACUGUGGAAAAUCGUGUAUAAAAUGCAGCAGCAACUCAACAGACGACAGCAAACGCAGCCAAGAUGUGCAACCCACAGCAACUGAAUCAGCAGCAACAGGAGCAGCAGCAACAGCAGCAGGAUCAGUCCAGGACCACAGCAAAUCCAUCACCACCAACGUCACCCACAUCCGCCUAUGUGUUGUACUUGCAUCGCGAGGAACUGCGGCGCCACAAGACACAGUCGACACGUGCCUCAGUGACAAAGAUUCAACUGACCAGCGAACUGAUUGCUAGAACCAAACAGAACAUCAAUCGUUGCAGCAACGAGGAUCUCGAGAUUCUGGCCAGAGAGACGCUCUUCAGGAAGAACUUGCAGCGUCACUUGCACCAUCGACGCAUGCAACUGCAGGCCUGGAUGUUGGCCAAGAAACAGGGCAAGAUUACUAAAUUGGCGGUAGCAAAGACAAAUUAAAAACAAAACUCGCCAAGGGAGCAGCCAAA